ACAGCACCGCCUUCCGCCCCCCUCCACCCCUGUGUGAGCAACAGGUAGCUCCAUAUACGGACCAGAGAGGCGCCGCGCGGCCCCUCUGGCACCGGAUCUGCAGAGGGCGCACGGAGUGGCAGUGCCACCAUGCGCACUACAUCCGACGCGCCUCUCCUGAGCGGAGGCAACCAGUCCCUGCUGGCUUCCAGCCUCGUCGGCGACCCGACCAUGGGAACCCCUUCGAACGGCACCGUCCACCCGAACGGAUCCGACCCGUUCGCGCGCAACGAGGACGUGGCCCAGAUCGAGAUCAUGGUCCUGAGCAUCACCUUCGUCGUCGCGGUGAUCGGGAACGUGAGCGUGUUGCUGGCCAUGUACAACACCAAGAAGAAGACGUCCCGCAUGCAUCUGUUCAUCAAGCACCUGAGCCUGGCCGACCUGGUGGUCGCCUUCUUCCAGGUGCUGCCGCAGCUCUGCUGGGAGAUCACCUUCCGCUUCUACGGCUCGGACUUCCUCUGCCGCGUGGUGAAGCACCUCCAGGUGAUGGGCAUGUUCGCCUCCACCUACAUGAUGGUGAUGAUGACCCUGGACCGCUACAUCGCCAUCUGCCACCCGCUCAAGACCCUCCAGCAGCCCACCAAGCGCUCCUACGUGAUGAUCGUCUCCACGUGGAUGUGCAGCCUGGUGCUGAGCGUCCCGCAGUACUUCAUCUUCUCCCUGAGCGAGAUCCAGAACGGCUCCGAUGUGUACGACUGCUGGGCGCACUUCGUGGAGCCGUGGGGCUCCAAGGCGUACGUCACCUGGAUGACCGUGGGCAUCUUCCUGGUGCCGGUGGUCAUCCUCAUCCUGUGCUACGGCUUCAUCUGCCGCACCAUCUGGAGGAACAUCAAGUACAAGAAGAAGAAGACGGUGGCCGGGGCGGCGGGCAAGAGCGGCUUGAUCGGGAAGUCGUCGGUCAGCAGCAUCAUGAUGAUCUCCAGGGCGAAGCUCAGGACGGUCAAGAUGACUUUCGUGAUCGUUCUGGCGUACAUCGUCUGCUGGGCGCCGUUUUUCACGGUGCAGAUGUGGUCGGUGUGGGACCGAAACUUCCAGUGGGACGAUUCUGAGAACACAGCAGUGACUCUGUCUGCGCUCCUCGCCAGUCUCAACAGCUGCUGCAACCCGUGGAUAUACAUGAUCUUCAGUGGCCACCUCCUGCAGGAUUUCGUGCACUGCUUCUCCUGCUGCUGCUGCAAGCUGAGCGCCGACUACAAGGAGGACUCGGACAGCAGCGUCCGCAGGACGACGCUGCUGACCAGGAUCACCAACCGGAGCCCGACAGGCAGCACCGGCAACUGGAGGGAGCUGGACAACUCCCCGAAAACGUCAGUUCAGACAGAGUAAAACAGCCGGCGGCACCAAGAAACACAUGCAGAGUGAGCUCAUCUGUGGGCAUGCAUGAUUAGGACAAAAAGUCCCACAGACUUAGAAAUCCUAAGGGACAAGAAAGCAUCCUGCAUGGUGAAAAUGGAGCUAAACAAUGUAAAUAAGAGUAUAUAUAUAAACUUUUUGCUCAGUCCCAUGUGCGUACUAAAUCUUGUUUAUAUAAGUUCUAAUAUGUAUUCAUCAGAAGUACAUUGUGAAAGGAGGGGAUGUAGUUUUUGCGUCACCACUUCAAACCGCCUGUGAACAUUCUGGUGCAGCAGAUAAUUGAAUAUUUCAGCUAAAUCUUUCACAUGCUAACACGAGAACCUAGCUGGGGCRCAGAUAUUCCCGAGGGAGCUGGAUAUAUUUAAAAGAAAGAAAAUGUUAGCCCCUGAAAAAUUCAAGACGGUCACCAUGGUGAUCAAAGAAAAUUUAAUUUUGCACUAAAACUACCAAGAUUUGUCACAGUUGAAUACUUUGCUAUAGAGCUAAACUGAUGAACCCAUCGAAAAGAAAAUAACUGCAGAUGUCAGCGCUAAACCAAACACAUGAAAAAAUUAGUAGAAGCUAUUGAUAAACUGCAGAACACAUAAGCAAAAUUUCUGGAAGCUAGCGCCAAACCAAACAUGAAAAAAUCAGCAGAAGCUAUUGCUAAACUGCAAUACACAACAAAUUAGUGGAAGCUAACGCUAAACCGCUAAGUACAUGAAAAAAAUUUUACGCUUGUACGAAUCCAAACAUAAAAAAAUUGCAGAAGCUAAUGCUAAACCACUAAACAGAAAAAUUGCAGAAGCUAAUGCUAAACUGCUAAACCCAUGGAUAAAAAUAAGCAGAAGCUAAUGCUAAUCUGUAAGACGACAGCCUCUCAGUCUGUGACUCACAACUUUAUCUCCUUUAUCUCCAGUUGACGACUGAUUUGACAUUCACAAACAGAAAAGUCCUCAGUUUCAGAAUUUGCCACAUAUUGUUACUUUAAAGCUGUGCUACCAAAGUCCAAAACAUAUGGUCAUGUGAUAUAAAGUUAACGAAAGGCAUGAAAAUGGGUAACAUUUUAUGGAAAUAUUUGAUUAAAAGGCUCAAAUGGCAGCCAUCUUGUAAAAUUACAUCCUGACAUUCAAGUCGCUAAUUGGAAAUAUUAAAAACAUACAACCUGAGGGCAGAGCAUACAAUUUUUUUAUGCUUGUUUCCAGACGUAAACAAUUUUUUUACAGUAACAUGCUGCCCUGUUAUUAGCUCCCCACUCUCAAAAACAUUCAGCUAUCUUGAUGCUGUCGCUGGUGUCUGGGUCUCCCAGCAGAGCUGCCCGACUCUCUUCCUUUUCUGAGCGUUCACAAGAGAUAAAAGUCACUGCGGCCUGAAGGUGUUUAUGGGUAAAAGCAGCCCUCUGGUCUCUAAGUAACCGACGCAGCCACCACAUCCUUUGUGUUUGAAUUUCCAUUUUGUUUUUGCUUUUUUACUCUCUCUCUCUCUCUUUUUUCUUGCAACCACAUUUCAGCGGUUUAUGUAAAAAUGUGAAUAAAACCAACCCUUUGACUGAACAUAAAAGCAUUAACAGGAAAAAAAAAAUAAAAAAAUUUUAACAUUCGUUUUUAAUAUGAAGGUCUAAGGAGUUGUUUCAUGUUGCGGCAGGCUCUCCUCUCUCAAAUAAUGGCUCUCAGUUCUGAGGCAGAAACACACGGAGCCGGCGGGGACACGGACUGUAGGUGAUCCUGACCGCUCUGGGAUGGCGACCCACCCUUUGCGCACCGUUCCCAUGACUUUCACAGAAUGUCAAGGAGCAGCUCACACAUUCCUCACAAAACACGUCAGCUCACUUCCCGAGUUUUUUUUUUUUUUUUCUGACAUCCUGCACCAUUGGGGGGUCUGUGUUUUUGGCUUUGUUUGCACACAAGACAAAAAGAAUUUCCUGCACUUUAAAUAUGAUUUACGGCAUUUUAACGACCCUCAGACCACAACCACGGAGUCCAACAAACGUGUAAUUAAUCAAAGUUGUAUAUAUAUUACUUUGUGUGUGUGCAUACGUAUGUGUCCUGAAAGUGUAGCCUAAUGUAUACUUGUAAAUAAAAAGGCACUUGAAUAUCUGUAAAUAGAAGUAAUAUAUGUAAAUCUGUCUGUAAUGGCUUUGUGCUCACAUCUUAAAAGAAGAGAUUUAUGCUGAAAUACACACACUGAUGUAAUGAGCA